CAAAGACUAAAUCUGCAUAUUUAAAAAUAUCAACUAAAAUGAAAAAAAGACAAGUUUAUAAUAUAAUGUUGGGCUUUGAUUUGUGAUUUUUGAAAAACAUAUAAUUUUUGUAUAAAAGUAACGAGAUCAUAAAGAAUGAGUAUACAGUGCAGUGUUACAAUUUAAGCAAGAAACAAGUCAAACAAUCAAAGAAGAAUAAUUAAUUCAAAAAUCAAUUUACAAUAAAUAUUCAAGUGAAAAAUCCUUAAGCAAAAUGCGUGUGUUCGUAGUAUUAUCAGCUUUGUUGGCUGUCGCCUGUGCCGCUCCCCAGUAUGGUUAUCAACCAGCUGGUUCUGGACCAGCUGGUGCUUACAGUGGAUUAUCUCCAGCUAGUUUGCAGCCCUCAUCACAAGGACAUGGUGGUGAUAAAUAUUUGCCUCCUGGCCCUACCACUGUUGCUCCAAUUGUACGCAAACAGUUCUAUGUUGUCUCUGCCCCCGAAGAUGAUGAUAGUCAACCAAAAAAUAAGCACUUGGUUUUGGGUCGUCCACAAAAGAACUAUCGUGUUGUGUUCAUUAAGGCUCCUAACUCCGGUGCUGGUAAUGUCAAAUAUUCUGCUGAAUUUGCUCCUCAAGAAGAAAAGACUGUCAUCUAUGUCCUGAGCAAGAAAGACAAUGAAUUGGAUGCUGGCGAUAUUGCUACUCCUGCUCCAACAACAGCUAGCAAACCCGAAGUCUUCUUCAUUAAAUACAAAACCGACGAAGAAGCUCAACAAGCCCAAAAGGAAAUUCAAGGCGAAUACGAUAAACUUGGAGGCACCAAUGAAGUGGCCGAUGAAACCACUGCUCCAAUCACUUCCGUUAUUGGUUCUUUAGAUGGUCUCAAUCCCGAUGGCAGUUACAACUAUCAUAAACAAUCAAAUGUAGGACAAGCUAGUGGAAAAUAUCCCACUGUUCAAGCUCCCGGCUCUCAAUACUUGCCAUCCUUGUUCAAACACUAGAUCUUAAUCGAAUCGUAACCAGUGAUCAUCACUUAUUCCAUGCUUGACGUUAAUGUUAAAUGAUGUGUUAAAAAAAUUGUUAAUUGUUUUUAAUUAGUUUUUAAGCUUAGAUAAUGUACAAAUCACGAAUUGUUGCCAUACUUCAUAAACAAACAUUUUGUACUAGUAGAAUAAAAAUUCAAUUCAUUUUAAAAAAAA